AUGCGUUCGAAAGAAGCAUGGGACACGCUGCGAACGACAUAUCAAGGUACUGCAAAGGUGAUUACUGUCAAACUUCAAACUUUGCGUAGGAAGUUUGAUAAUUUUAUUAUGGAAGAUGAUGAUGCUCUGGAUGAUUAUGUGUCAAAAGUUAUUGAUGUUGUGAAUCAAAUUCGAAAAUAUGGUGAGGAUUUAAGUGAGCAAAGGGUAGUUGAGAAAAUUCUUAGGGGUUUACCUAGGAAAUAUGAUCAUGUAGUUGCAGCUAUAGAAGAGUCAAAAGAUUUAAGUGUGUUAACUGUUGAUGAGUUGCAAGGCUCUCUUUAUUCUCAUGAUGAUAGGAUGAAAAGGUAUGGUAAUGCGUCUAUUGAGAAUGCCUUUUAUAGUAGGGCGCAAUACUCUCGUGGUGGAAAGGGCACCAGUGAAACAGACUUCAAUGACUGGCGUGGAGGAAAUUUAUCUCGUGGGAGAAGAAGAGGUAGGGCUAGUGGCCGAUUCAAUGGACAGAACCAACGUUAUAGAGAUGGUGAUAAAGGAGAAAAUAGUAGUCCAAAACAAUGCUACUAUUGUAGAAGGUACGGGCAUAUUGAGAGGUUUUGCAAGCUUAAAGAGAAGCAGGCUAACUUGGCUCAUGAAGAUAGUGAAGAAGAUGAGACAGAGAGCCUGUUCGUUGCAUGCUUCAGUGCUAAGGAGUGUUCUCCUAAAGUUUGGUACAUAGAUAGUGGCUGUAGCAAUCAUAUGACAAGUGAAUUAAGUCUCUUCAGCAACUUAGAUAAGUCAGUAACUAGUCGAAUUACGCUUGGUGAUGGAACUGUUUGUAUAGCAAAGGGAAAAGGUACUAUGCAGUUGAAUUCCCUGGGUCUUAAUUGCAUUCAUAAUGUUUUGUAUGUUCUAGAUUUAAAUUCUAAUUUGCUAAGUGUUGGGCAAUUUAUGGUGAAUGGGUAUUCACUUGUCUUUGAAGAAUUCAAUUGCUGCAUUUUUAAGGAUAAAUCGAAAAAGCGCCUGUUAGCUAGUGUUCCGAUGGCAAAAAAUUAG